CCGGUAUGUCACUCCCAUUUUACAAUGCUUGUAUUCACCAUACCUACGGAGGAGCACUAGAUUUUCACUCAACUCUUUCCUGUUCUGGACAUCAUAAACUAUAGUUUACAUCUAAAAAAAUCCAGGUCAUUAUGGCGAUGCCUGCUUGAUGCCAGAGUCAGGUGAUGCUCCAGGACAUCCCACCAUGACCUCUGUCGCUUUAGUUUCCAAGGAAACAAGAUUGGACAAAGUUAAACCUCAGAGUCACAGAAAGAUGACAUCAUUAUCACCGACCCACAGUGAUAGCAGCGGCUCCCCCAAACAUGACGGCAACCAGGACAGCUGGGAGAUUGUGGAAGGGCUGAGGGGGGUGCCAGCCAGCAUGCAGGAACCCGACAAACAGGAAGGUCUCCUGCUGAAGAGGAGGAAGUGGCCUAUGAAGGGAUGGCACAAGAGGUACUUUGUUCUGGAGAACGGUAUCCUGACGUACUCGAAGCGAGGGACAGAGCUCAAGAAGGGAAAGCUGCAUGGCUGUAUCGAUGUGGGUCUGUCUGUUAUGUCAAUCAAGAAGAAAGCCAAGUGCAUAGAUCUGGACACUGAGGACAAUAUCUAUCACCUCAAGGUGAAGUCGCAGGAGCUGUUUAAUGAUUGGGUGUCCAAGCUCCGACAUCAUCGCGUGUUCCGUCAGAACGAGAUCGCCAUGUACCCGCACGAGAGACACCUCAUCCCCUCCCACCCCGGCUCCUCACCCCACGACGCUGCAUCCAUGAGGAAGAAGUUUACUCUCACCAAGCAGGCUUCCUUCCACCAGGCUAAGGUCAGCGUGUGGCUCCAUUCCUCAGAAGACAUGGACAAAUGCUGCAGAGAUCUCGAGGAGUGCGAGUCUUAUCUGUUGGAGCUAAACCUACUGCUGAAGAGCAUGGAGGUUCUCCAUCGAACUUACUCUGCUCCAGCUAUAAGCGCACUACAGGCCUCCACUUAUGACAUUCCGAAGAAGGAAAAGAGGGGCCCAAGGAGGUGGCGUUCCAAAAACUAUGGAAAAGACGGCAAAGACAGCAAAUCCAUGCUGCAGGUCCCCAGCUGCAUCUCCUCAUCAGCAUCAGGUUCCCCUCGUUUCCAUGCCUCCAACCCCAACCUCUCCUCCUUUGAGCCCCACAGCCAGGAGGCCUGCCUCGAGUCCCCAGACUCGCCUACAGAUGCAUCCCGCCUCCAGGAGGACUUCUGCAGGCUCGCCAAUAACAUUCACUCCACCCUGAAGUCGGCCUACUCCUCUCUGUCAGCAGAGAGAGACAAACUGAAACACACUGUGGACAUGCAGGCUCCUCCCCCUGUACAGGUUAUGGGCCUGAAAAACUCCUACGCCUCAGACUCCCCAGAUGGUUCCCGCCCUCUUGUCCACCAGAAGUCCAAUGACAGUAGAGGAUCCAUCCCUGAAUCUUUGUCUGAGUUUUUUGAUGCCCAGGAGCACCUUCUCUCUUCCAGCUCUUCUGAGAACGAGGUAUCGGAUGACGACUCGUAUAUCAGUGAUGUCAGCGACAGUGUUUCCAUGGAUACCUUCAGUAACGAAGGAGGCAGUGAAAGACACGACUCAGGUACCGUGUUCUGGGGGUACCGGUCUGCCCUCCAGCCUCGCCGGCGCUCUGCCCUGCCAGCCCCCAGCCACAACACGGGAGGGGUGAGCCUGUGGAACAUCCUCAGGAACAACAUCGGCAAGGACCUGUCCAAGGUGGCCAUGCCCGUUCAGCUGAACGAGCCCCUCAACACUCUGCAGAGGCUGUGCGAGGAGCUGGAGUACAGUGAGCUGCUGGACACGGCCAACCACACCAAGGACCCCUACCAGCGCAUGGUUUAUGUGGCAACGUUUGCGGUGUCUGCCUACGCGUCGAGCUUCUUCAGAGCGGGGAGUAAACCUUUUAACCCUGUCCUGGGGGAGACGUACGAGUGUGACAGACCAGAUAGCUUCAGGUUCAUAGCAGAACAGGUGAGCCAUCACCCACCUGUUUCUGCAUGUCACUGUGAUUCUAAGAACUUCACCUUCUGGCAAGAUGUCCGAUGGAAAAAUAAAUUCUGGGGGAAGUCCAUGGAAAUCGUUCCCAUAGGAACCACCCAUGUCACCUUACCUGCGUUCAAGGACCACUAUGAGUGGAACAAAGUGACUUCCUGUAUCCACAACAUCCUGAGCGGCCAGCUGAUCGAACACUACGGAGAGAUGUCAAUCAAAAACAUAGACAAUGACGUUUGCCAGUGCAAAAUCACCUUUGUCAAGGCAAGAUCUUGGAACUCCAUAGUGAACGAGAUAGAAGGCGUGGUCACGGACAAAGAGGGGCGUGUCCUUCAUACCUUAUGAAAGUGGCAUGAGGGCGUGUACCAAGGGGCCCCUCCUUCUGCAACCUGCAUUUGGAGAGCAAACCCUAUGCCAGUGAACCAGGAGCAGUACUAUGGCUUCACCCAGUUUGCAGUUGAGCUGAAUGAGCUGGAACCUGCUGUAAAAGCUCUGCUGCCCCCCACUGACACACGCUUCCGCCUCGACCAGAGGUGUCUGGAGGAGGGGAACGUGGAUGGAGCCGAGGAGCAGAAGCAGAGGAUCGAGCAGCUCCAGAGAGAGAGGAGAAAGGUGCUACAGGACAACAACAUGACGCAUCAGCCACGCUUCUUCAAGAAAUCCAAGGAUGACACAUGGGUGAGCACCAACACGUACUGGGAGAAGCGGAAGGACCCAGGCUUCUCCAAGGUGGACUUCCCUGUGUUGUGGUGACCUCACACCCAUGAGCACCGCCCCACCUUAUACCGCUUCUCAAAACCCAGGCCUGCGCCUGUGGACUGCUACUAUCCAAUCUGACCCAAUGGUCAACGGCUGCCCUGUGUCAGGGUAACCUAGGCCAAAAAUGGACCUACUUCCUGUUUCAGGGUUGAGUGGAUCUCCUUAAAGCUAAGAGGAGGACUUUUUCAUUAUGUUGUUGCUUAGCUUUCGGGGGUCUUUUUUAUUUCAUUCUUUAACACAUUCUUUGUGUUAUCAUUGUAUGUAGUGUUUACUUUCAUUUUCUUCUUCGCUGAUUUAAAUGUUGUCAUAUCAUAUGUUCUGAUGCAGUCCAGACACCCAUGUGCCUUGUUAUAUAGAGUACUAUACUCAGAAAUCAGUAGUAGCAAAAUAUGCUAGCACACUGUUAUUUCCAGAUGUCAACUUUUUAUUAUUUCUAAGUGCCUUGGGGCACUUUUAUGAUAUGAUGUCAUGUCAAGCCUGUUCCUGUGUGAUCCAUGUGGACGUACACACGGUUCUGAGUGGACACUCUUUUAUGCUGUCACAAUCCAGAAUGUCUUAAUCCUAGUCUCACCACAGUGUGACGGGAUUCUAAGACGUCUAAGAAGUAUGCUGCCUUGUUGAGAUCAGUCAUUAUGAAUGUCGCUGAAGAAUAUAGCAAUAAUACUGUGUCUAAAAUAAAGAUAGGCAAUGCAAAGUAAAA